AUGAACAAUGCAAUGUCAUUCAGUGCCUACAAUGGGUCCCCUUGGAGACCCGCCAACAAGGUUUACAAUGCAAGAGCGAUUGUGGAGCUACACGAAGAAAUCGAAGAUUUCUUCCACUACAUCUCACCCACACCGGAAGAGCACAAUAUGCGAAUGACAUUGGUAAAAAAGUUGAAAGUGAUUGUGAAGCAAUUGUGGCCGUACGCUCAAGUGGAGAUUUUCGGAAGCUUCCGAACCGGUUUGUAUUUACCAACGGGGGACAUCGAUUUAGUGGUUAUAGGAGACUGGAAAACGUUGCCGCUAAGAACCUUGCAGGAUGCUCUUGUCAAAAAUCAUGUUUGUCAGGAGCGACACGUUAGAAUAAUCGAUAAAGCAGCUGUUCCCCUCGUGAAGUUUACUGACAGCCGUACAAACAUUAAAGUCGACAUCAGUUUCAAUCUGGGGAAUGGAGUGAAGGCAGCCGAACUUGUGCAACAAUACAAACUAAACUACCCGUCGUUAGCUAAGCUGGUGUUUGUGUUGAAACAGUUCCUAUUAGAACGCGAUUUGAACGAAGUGUUCACUGGGGGUGUGUCAUCGUUUAGUAUCGUGCUUAUGGUGGUGAGUUUCUUGCAACUUCACCGACGCGCCGACGCGAACCUGCCGUCAGCCAACCUCGGUGUUCUGUUGAUGGAGUUUUUCGAACUCUACGGUCGUAACUUCAACUACGUGAAAUGUGGUAUAAGUGUGCGGGGGGCCGGUGGUUACUUCGCAAAAGACCAGGGAAACUAUUUCAAAAAAUUUGUGAACCAAUCUCCGUCGCUGCUAACCAUUGAAGAUCCCCUGAACACGGGCAACGAUAUUGGCAGAGGCUCUUACAAUACAAUUCAAAUGAAACAAGCGUUCCAGCUUGCUUAUUUGAAGCUCACACAGGCUGUGAAUCCUGAGGCUCGUUUAGGACCGGUUAAAAUAAGUGUGUUGGGUCGUAUAAUUCGCAUAAACGACGCGAUAGUUGAUUACAGAAAAUGGGUAAAGAGAGAGUUCUUCAUACCUCAACGUUUGAUGGGUUCUGGGAGUGAGAACAGCUGCAGUGAAGUGUCUAGUGAUUCCGAGUGA